AUGGCGGACACUUUAGCUCACCCAUUUUACCCCCCCGAUAUCAAUCUUAUUGGUUAUGUUUCCAAUACCAUGAACAUCCCGGCGCUUCUCAGCACCUUCGUUAUUGGGGGCAUUGCCGUUAUCAGCUUCACCUCGGUUGUUCUAAAAAGACUAAAGCCGACGUUAUCGCGUCAGGACAAGGUGCUAGCAGGAUGGUUCGUCUUCACUGGGUGUAUACACUUCCUUUUAGAAGGAUAUUUUGUGUACAACCACAAGACAAUGCCUCGCAUGCUAGAUCUCUUUGGCCAGCUGUGGAAGGAAUAUGCUAAAGCUGAUUCUCGGUAUUUGACCAUGGAGCCAUUUGUGCUUUGUAUGGAGUCGAUAACAGCCUUUGCAUGGGGACCACUAUCCUACUUUACAGCAUGGAUGAUUGUCGCGCAGUCCGCAUACCGCCAUCCAACACAGAUGCUUGUCUCUGUAGGCCAGUUCUACGGCGAUGUCCUGUAUUACGCAACGAGCAUUAUGGAGGACUAUUAUCAUGGAAUAUCUUACUCCCGCCCUGAGACGUAUUACUAUUGGGGAUACUUUAUUUUCCUGAAUUCUUUUUGGAUUUUUAUUCCAGCCUUAUGUAUCUACCAAAGCUACUCGGCAAUGGUUGGAGCUUUUCGACAAUCUGCCGGUAACUCUGUUAAAAAGACUUUGUAA